GCUGUAAAAGAUCAAGAAUUCGUUUGGCAAAUGCUUUUGACAGAUUGACAGAUUUGCUUCCUUAUGAACACAGUUUGGCGCGUUAAUGUAAUUUCAAAACAGUUCCUGUAUCGGUCACGUGACUUGCUGAAACCAAUACGCGCACCGACGCGGGUUUUGGUCUAUGGGCUUCACACAUGCGCCGGACCCAUCACUAGUGAAAGGUUAAUCUUUGUCAACCACUGAAAAAUAGAUACUUGUGUCAAAUCUUUGACAUUUUUAUGGUAAAAUAUUAUUGAAAGCAGAAUACCUUUGGACACUGAUGCAACCAUCUGAACUGAAAAGGACCUGCUCUAGAUAAGGACCGAACUUUGCGCUGCUUAGGAGCCACACAAGGACGAAACAUUCAGGGCUUGGUCUGAUUGUUUCCAGUGCUACAACAAAGUUUGUUUGUUCCUAAAAGGUUUAAGACACACCCAGCAGAUGGAGUUCCCAGAUAGACCUACAUUGUUCGACUUCAAUGGAGUCUCCAUGACCAAAUACUUCACUGACAACUGGGAUAAUAUACAGAGCUUCAAAGCAAGGCCAGAUGAUAUUGUGUUGGUGAGCUAUCCCAAAGCAGGAAACACAUGGGUCUCCUACAUCCUGGACCUUUUGUACUUCAGCCAAACAUCACCUGACAGAGAGAACUCGGUGCCACUUCAUGAAAGAGUGCCAUUUCUGGAGAUCAGCAUACCGGGGUUUCCCUCUGGAGUGGAUGAACUGAAUUCAAUAAACAGCUUUCCACGCAUUAUCAAGACACACCUACCAGUCCAGUUUCUUCCCCAGUCCUUCUGGGAACAGAAUUCCAAGAUCAUCUAUGUAGCCCGCAAUGCAAAGGACACAGUUGUGUCUUAUUUUCAUUUUGACCGCAUGAAUAAGGCCCAGCCAGAGCCUGGAGACUGGAACAGUUUUCUGCAGAGAUUUGUGGAUGGAAAAAUGGUCUUUGGUUCCUGGAAUGACCAUGUGGGAGGUUGGUGGGAGAAGACAAAGACCAGAUCUAACAUCCUGUACCUGUUCUACGAGGAUCUCAUUGAGGAUACUGAACGAGAAGUCAGCCGGAUCUGCUCCUUUCUGGAACUGUCAUCCAGCACGGAUCUGAAGAAAGAAGUAACAGAAAAGUCUCUCUUCAACAACAUGAAACACAACAAGAUGGCCAACGGUUCAGCUGAUGAAGUCUUGGAUUUCAAGAUCUCACCUUUUAUGCGCAAAGGAAAAGUUGGUGACUGGAAGAAUCAUUUCACUGUUAAACAGAAUGAGCAGUUUGAUGAAGACUAUCAAAGGAAGAUGAGAAAUACUGAUCUCCGCUUUCGAACAGUUCUGUAACCUCCCAGUGACAGUAUUACCACCGAACGCAAAUAAAAACAAUCAUAAGAACUUAAGGAUUUUAGGUUUUUAUUUAAGUUCAUAUGUGAAAAGCAGCAGGAAAUACAUGAACAAAGAGUUCAAUGAGCAAAGUAAACAGACUGCACUGCACAGGGAACAUUAUAUGUAUUUUCUAUGGCACAUACUGCUUCACGGGACAACCCUGAGGGAGCUGGAGGAACCACAGUAGCCAUUUAGAGAAGUCCUCGUACAGUGAAAUAAUACCGGCUCAUUGGAAUGUCGACGGCAACAAAAAAGACGCACCGCACUGUAAAAAAAACUCAACAAGCAUCUCACAUCAGUAGGAGGUACUGCAGGUCAGACAAAAGUAAUUAGAAAACGAGUGAUGAAUCAUCUGCAAAGAGGAAAAAGGCAUCAGGAACUAGACUUAAUGACAAUAUCUUUAAAUUCUUAUUUGUCUAACAAUACACACUGAAAAUGCAACGAGAGCAAAAAAUGGAUUCAAAAGAAUAAACAGACUAUACACAUGGCUCAACAAACAUGUCUUAUAUGAACAGAAACAAAGCAAAAAUCUACAUCCAACAAAUUUAGAUUAUCUAGACACUUUAUAAAACUUGCAAUAAUAUAACAGACCUUUCUAUAUUAAGUAUCAACCCCAAAACUACCUGUUCAUCUCAACAGGUAAAGUCAUCUGCACAGCUCAUGAGCAAUAUCUGUGCUCAGGUUGGAGUCUUGCUAGUUCAAGUUCACAAAGCCUGAAAGUCUAAAGCAAACUUCUUUACCCUGUAAGUUUAGUUCAAGAUGCUAAAAUUGAUGCUGAAGAAAAUAAUUUAUGUCUACAAAAGAUGUUGUUUUGUUCAAAAAGUUAAGGACAUUAAGUCUAUAAAUGUAUGACUGUGAGCCAAAAUUAAACUUUUAAUUCAUAAAUCUGGUGUUAUUUAUACCCCAAAGUGACUGGAUAGUUGCAACCCGAUCACAGAACAGAGGUGCAUUAAAAGCAACACACAUUUUCAGGUUUAGACUGUGUAACAUGUUUUUUAGUACACUUCCCUUGCAAUAUAUGACAAAAGUAGUGACAGAAUUUUCCAUGGAUAACUUUGCUAUCUGGAAUUAUAUAAUCAACUAAACUUGGCUGUGUCUUAUAGUAAUCCACAUUGAAUUGGUCUGUAAGGAACUGCAUUUGCAGCUAAUUUUAAAAUUUGAUUAUGCAUGGUAAUUUGGACUGAUUUGAAUAUAAACUGGAAGAAACUUGACUUAAUAAACUUGGAUAUGGAUUGGAGAUCCUUUUUAUGACCUUUGAUGGGAAUUGGUUCUUUAUAAGUAAAUUUCUGGGUUUACAUGAGGCAGAAGGACUGCUGAUGACUAACAAGUCUAUUGGCUAACUUGAGUACAUCUGACCUACUAAUUUAUGUGUGCUGGCCCCUUUUAAAUAAAUUAGAAAUUCAAUCUAAUUAAAAAUAAAGGAACUUAUUGUCUUAGGUAACAGUAGCACAUCCAGUUACUGUGUUCUUCGUUUAGCAAAGUUAUCAAUGUGUGUGUGUGUGUGUGUUGUUGUUUUUUUUUUAUUUUCUGACAUUAUUCUUGCAUCUGAGGAAGAGUUGAAGGCAAAUCCAUCUGUCCUCCGACUUUCAUCUAUCAGUCAGUUUGGGGGUUAAAAACAGGCUCAGAAUUGACACUUAUGAUACAUAAAUACUUUCUAUCUGUGCAGAAUUUUUCCUAAACUCGAAAAAGUAUUAUUUUUAAGGCAAAUUUAUUUGACUAAAAUUUAUUUUGCCGAUACCUGUGAACUCAAU